AUGAAUCCUGAAUCGAUAACGGUACCCUUUCCACCGUCCGUAAAGCCUCAGGAUUUCGUUCCAAAAGUAGGUACAAGAGCAUCGAAAAAGAGUCCCAAUGCUUUCUUCAUCUAUAGGAAGGCAUUCCUCAACCAACUUCGAGUUCACAAUUGUAAAAUAAAGAUGACAGAUGUCUCUCCGUUUAUCAGUGCAUCCUGGAGACGGGAAACUUUACAGGUGAAAGAGGCGUAUAAGGAAAUUUCCCGCCAAGUGGAAAAGUUGACAAUCGAAAUGAGUCAAAAGAAAAAGAGUAUCCACAAAAAUUUAAAACCAACUCCCGUUUACCUCGAGUCCAAAGAAGUGCAGCCUCCUCCGCAAUAUCAUCAUGAAAUCACAAAUUAUUUUGAAUUCUCUUCUGCAUCCAACUUGUUGACUACCGAACAAAACAGUUUACAAUUCCAACCCGUCGCCGAAGAUUUCAUUCAUGAAAACCUUCCACUUUUUGCUCAACCACAACCCAUUUUUAAUCCAUUUUAUGUUCUGUUCGAACCAUGCAAUCCUAUGUAUUACGAAUUGCCUGACAACUCACAAGAAUUUUAG